AUGCCACUUAUCUUGGAAAUUAUUCCCGGUUCAUUUAUUGCUUCACAUUUAAGGAAGAACAGAAAUGCUACAGACGACGAUAUCAUUAAGGCAUACCAGAAACAACAAGGGUUCUAUCUUCUGCUUGUGCGAUCGCCGCCUAUGGCCGGAAAGACUUCGCUGGCACAACUGUUAGAACAAUAUCUUCUUCGAGACGAUGGUGUCCGUGCAUACACGAGGCUUGAGCAUCUGAGGAAUGAUGAAAAAUUGCUUUGUGAUAAUGUGUUUCGAUAUAUUCUGUUCAUAUCAGGGAUGUCACAAGAACGCUGGGGAUCUACCAACAGGGCAACAGAAGCUCCCAAGGAUUUAAAAACCUUUCUCAUCGACACCUUUACUGUCAUGGACCCCCAGACACUACAGAACUCAUUCGGUGUUGGCAAAGACAAGCGGUUUCUAGAACGCACUUGGCAGAUGGAAUUCUACCGCGCUGCCACCCAA